AUGGUCAACUGGCUCACCCUCGCCGUUCCCUUCGCCUACCUCGGCGUCCUCCUCGGCUCCCUCGCAACCUUCUCCUCCCUCUACCGCAAGCGCAAAGCCCGCAAGUCCCUCUCCCUGGAACCCUGGUUCCCUCCACACACACAACGCGACAUCUACUUCUCCCUCCUACACCUCGACCCCUCCGCCAGCAAUGAUGCCAGCAAGAACCCCAACGGCAAGAAACUCCCGUCUUCCGUACCCGACAGCGUCCUGAAAUCCGCUCUCCUGCGUCGCGCCAUCGAAGACAUCAAACGCGUCAUGGCCCUGCGCACACAAAAGGGCGCACUCGCUAUGCUCCUCCAGCGCGGUAGUGUCGGUGAUGAUCUGUGGCAGCGGUUUCUCCGUGCUGAGAAGGAAAUGGAGGAUGAGGUUAGGGAUGUUGUUGCUGAGGCAAACGCCUACGUUCCCGGCUGGGGCCAAACGAUCUUCCAAUCUGCGAAUGAAAUGCUGAAUAAUGCUAUUUUCCGGGAACGGAUGGAGAAGCAGCAGGCCAAGUUGGAGGAAGAGAAGCAGUGGUGGGAGAAGAGGAAGGAGGGGUAUAUGAAGGAGUUGGAUGUCGAGGCGGAGAAGAAGGAGGAGGUGGUAGAGGAGGCCGGUGAGAAGAAGCCUGCUACUGCUGCGUCAACGACUACUAGUGAGGAGGGUUCCGGUGUUCCUACGCCUGCUACUAAGACGCCUGAGUCGUCUGGUGCGCCGCCUUCGGUGGCGGGGAGUGAUGAUGAUGCGGUGUUGGUGGAGGCGGAUGAGCAGAAUUCUGCGAAGAAAUAG